AUGGGACUUUGCGGAGGCGGAAUCAAGACCAUACAAAGAAAGAUCGUCAUCCUAGGCGAUGGUGCCUGUGGUAAAACGUCGCUCUUGAACGUGUUUACCAGAGGGUAUUUUCCCCAGGUCUACGAACCAACAGUGUUCGAGAACUACGUGCAUGACAUCUUUAUCGACGGCCAAUCGGUCCAGUUAUCGUUGUGGGACACUGCCGGACAAGAAGAGUUCGACAGGUUAAGAUCUCUCUCCUACUCGGAUACCCAUUGCAUCAUGUUGUGUUUCUCGAUAGACUCGCCGGAUUCGUUGGAAAACGUCCAGUCCAAGUGGGUAGGCGAGAUCACUGACCACUGCGAAGGUGUCAAGCUUGUAUUGGUUGCGUUGAAGUGUGACUUGAGAAGCAACGAGGACGCGGAAGACGUCAAUGCCAACGAAGACGAGUCGUUUAACCCAUACUCCCAGCAGGGCAAUCCAUACCAGCAACAAAAGAGGUUGAUCAGCUACGAUGAAGGGUUGGCAGUGGCCAAGAAGGUGGGUGCAUUAAGAUACUUGGAAUGUUCGGCUAAGAAAAAUAGAGGUGUCAAUGAAGCUUUCUCGGAGGCUGCCAGGUGUGCAUUGAACGCCAAGCCUAAGGGUGCCAAUGACAACGAGCCUGAAAGUAAGGGCUGUGUCAUUAUGUGA